AUGGAUUUCUUUGGAGAGGCUAAGGCUGUUAAACUAAGAAGUCACUUGAACAAAUACCUAGUAGCCGAUGAUGAUCAAGUAUCCACUCGGCAAAGUAGAAACGGUGCUGCACGAAAAGCCCGGUGGCUAGUCGAGCAAGUCGACAGCAACGACCACGUCGUCCGCCUCAAAAGCUGCCACGGCCGGUAUCUCACCGCCUCGGACGAGGGUUUUCUAUUAGGCAUGACAGGUAACAAAGUCCUCCAAACCCUGCCGGAAAACGUCAAGGACUUUAAAAUUCAGUGGCAGCCUAUAAGGGAUGGAUUUCAAGUGAGGCUAAGGGCCUUCGGAGGCACAUAUUUACGUGCGAAUGGAGGCACGCCACCUUGGCGGAAUUCGAUUACACAUGAUAGUCCUUAUACUUCUUCUACACAUAAUUGGAUUUUAUGGGAUGUAGAGGCCAUUGAAAUUCCAGAAAAUGAAUCCUUGACACAUUAUUUAUCGAUGGUUUCGAGUUUUUCGUCGGUUUCGGAUGAACUGUCAGGGUUGGAGCUCGGGUCACCGGAAUCGAUCCACUCCGGUUACUCUCCCUCCCCCAGAUUACACUCUUGUUACUCUCCCUCCCCCAGAUUAUCAAUGAAGAAGAGCAAUUUGAGCUUGACAACAAGAACUACAGCAAUGGAUCUUUUCCAAAACGCCAAGGCAGUGAGACUCAAAAGUGUCCACAACAAGUAUUUAACGGCGGAAGAAGAUGAAGAAUCAGUGGCCCAACAUCGGACUGGUUCAUCAAAGAAUGCAAAAUGGACAGUAGAAUUUGUCGAAAAUUCCGACAACAUAAUCCGCCUCAAAAGCUGUUAUAACAAGUACUUAACAGCAUCAAACAAGCCAUUUUUGCUGGGUAUGACGGGGCGUAAGGUGCUGCAAACAAUACCUGGGAGGCUCGAUUCUUCGGUCGAAUGGGAACCCAUUCGAGAGGGCAGUUCUGUGAAGCUCAAGACGAGGUAUGGGCAGUUUUUGAGGGCCAAUGGCGGGUUGCCGCCGUGGAGAAACUCAGUUACACAUGAUAUUCCUCAUCGGACUGCGACCAAAGAUUGGGUUUUGUGGGAUGUCCAUGUGGUUGAAAUCUUGGUUAUGUCACCGACGCCGGUGGCGCCGCCAGUUUUGGCUGCUGACUCUGAUUCGUUUGCUUCUGAUACUAGUUCACCGUCUGCUCCUUCCUUAAAUUCUGCAAGCUUUUCCAGACCAGAGUCUAAUGAUUCUUUGGUUAGUUCACCACCGAAGGGGAGCGAUGGCAGAUUGAUUUAUUUUCAUAUAGCCAAUGAAUAUGGGGAAAUUGACGAGGGAUUUGAGGAGCUCUGUACUACAUUUAAGGGAAAUGGAGUUCGAGAAUUGACGAAAAAGUUAGAGGAGGAAUUGGGAGUUGAUGAUAUUACUGUAUGUACACGAAGUCCAUUGAAUGGAAAGCUUUAUCCUCUUCGUUUACAGCUUCCUCCCAAUAAUGCAACUAUGCACGUUGUUGUGAUUCCGACCUCAUCAAAAGAAUCAGGAGAUUUGAUAACAUUAGGAAUGCCAUUGUAG